AUGAGUAACACUGAUUUUCUGGGGCGGGCGAUUGACACGGUCAAGAAGGCAAUCGAAAAUGACAAUGAGGGCGAGUACGAGAAGGCCUAUCAGCUUUACUACUCCUCAUUGGAGUUGUUCAUGCUGGCUCUCAAGUGGGAGAAGAACCCCCGGUCGAAGGAGAUGAUCCGCGCCAAAACUGGCGAAUAUAUGGACCGCGCGGAGAAGCUUAAGAAUCACUUGGCAUCGGCGGAGGGUCGAAAGAAGCCGAGUGCGGUGGGCGCAAAUGGAAAGGUGGCGCAAGGAAGUGGGAAGAGCGAGAAAGAAGACGACAACGGCGAAGACGCGGAAUCGAAAAAGCUUCGCUCAGCGCUUCAAGGAGCCAUUUUGUCUGACAAGCCGAACGUUAAAUGGGAAGACGUUGCCGGUUUGGAGAGCGCGAAAGAGGCAUUGAAAGAAGCUGUUAUUCUUCCGAUCAAGUUCCCACAUCUCUUUACUGGGAAGCGACAACCUUGGAAGGGCAUUUUGCUCUACGGUCCUCCGGGUACCGGAAAGUCGUACCUUGCCAAGGCUGUCGCUACAGAGGCGAACAGUACAUUCUUCAGCGUUAGCAGCAGUGACCUGGUAUCUAAAUGGAUGGGUGAAAGUGAACGGCUUGUGAAACAACUCUUCAAUAUGGCUCGCGAGAACAAACCGGCAAUUAUCUUCAUCGAUGAGGUCGACGCGCUGUGUGGACCGCGUGGUGAAGGUGAAUCCGAGGCUUCACGACGUAUCAAGACCGAGCUACUGGUUCAAAUGGAUGGUGUCGGAAAAGACUCCAAGGGCGUUUUGAUUCUGGGCGCAACCAAUAUUCCCUGGCAACUCGAUGCCGCCAUUCGACGACGAUUCCAGCGCAGAGUUCACAUUAGUCUGCCCGAUAUCAAUGCCCGGAUGAAGAUGUUUAUGCUGGCCGUGGGCUCGACACCAUGCCAAAUGACUCAGGCAGACUAUAAGCAGCUGGCCGAGAUGAGCGAGGGCUACUCUGGUAGCGAUAUCAGUAUUGCCGUGCAGGAUGCUUUGAUGCAGCCGAUUCGCAAGAUUCAAACUGCAACUCACUAUAAGAAGGUUGUUUUUGAAGGGGAAGAGAAACUUACCCCGUGCUCUCCAGGCGACGCCGGUGCAAUGGAGAUGACCUGGCUCAGCAUUGAAGCGGAGCAGCUCCUUGAGCCCCCACUUGUUCUGAAGGAUUUCAUCAAGGCUGUCCGCAAUUCUCGCCCCACGGUCAGCCACGAGGAUCUUCAAAGAAACUCCGAGUGGACACAGGAGUUCGGCAGCGAGGGAGCGUAA